AUGUGUAUUUUAGGUGUCAUCAGUGGCAUUGGAAAGGGCGUAAUUGCCUCGAGUACCGGUUUGCUGCUGAAGACCCAGGGUGCCCGAGUCACCUCUAUCAAGAUCGACCCUUACAUGAAUGUCGAUGCCGGAACCAUGGCCCCCACUGAGCACGGAGAGGUGUUUGUGCUGAACGAUGGUGGCGAGGCGGAUCUCGACCUUGGAAACUACGAGCGAUACCUCGGAGUCACCCUUGGAAGGGAUAACAACAUCACAACUGGAAAGGUCUACAAGCAUGUCAUCGAGAAGGAGCGCCGAGGUGACUACCUUGGACGCACCGUCCAAAUUGUCCCUCACUUGACCGACGCCAUCCAGGAAUGGAUCGAGCGUGUGGCAAGGACCCCUGCCGAUGACACCAACGAGGAGCCCGAUGUUUGUGUUAUCGAACUCGGUGGUACUCUUGGUGAUAUUGAGAGUGCUCCCUUCGUUGAGGCUCUUCGUCAGCUCCGUCGUCGCGCUGGCAAGGACAACUUUGUCCAGAUUCACGUCUCCCUGGUUCCUGUCAUUCACGACGAACUGAAGACCAAGCCUACCCAGCAGGCUAUUCGGGACGCUCGCUCAGCUGGUUUGAGCCCGGAUUUGAUUGCUUGCCGCUGUGAGCGUCCUCUCGACAAGGCCACUACCGACAAGAUCGCCAUGUUCUGUCAAGUUGAGCCAGAGCAGGUCAUUGGCGUGCACAACGUCAACUCGACCUACCACGUCCCUCUGCUCCUCGAACAGCAAGGCUUCCCUCAGGUCCUGGGCAACCUCCUCAACAUGAGCAAGGUUGAAAUUACCCAGGCUCAGUUGACCAAGGGUCAAAGCACUUGGAAACAGUGGAAGACCCUUACAACUGCCCAAGACCACACCUUUGAGACAGUCAACGUUGCUCUCGUUGGAAAGUAUGUUUCUCUUCACGACUCUUACUUGUCUGUUAUCAAGUCAUUGGAGCACGCGUCUAUGGCUUCUCGCCGCAAGCUUAACAUCAUCUGGGUUGAUGCCUCCCACCUUGAGACCGAAUGGGAGGAGACCAACUCCAAGGAGUACCACAAGGCCUGGUAUGAUGUCCACACUGCCCACGGUAUUUUGGUUCCCGGAGGCUUCGGUACCAGAGGUACCGUCGGAAUGAUGCGUGCUGCUCACCACGCCCGUACCAAGAACAAGCCCUACCUUGGUAUCUGUCUGGGUAUGCAGAUUGCUGUCAUCGAAUACGCCCGCAACGUCCUUGGCCUCGAGGGUGCCAACUCUGUCGAACUCGAUGAGCGUACCUCCCACCCCAUCGUUGUGUACAUGCCCGAAAUCGACCAGGUGAACCUCGGUGGUACCAUGCGUCUAGGCUCUCGCCCCACUCUCUUCCAGGAGAACAGCGAAUGGUCCAAGCUCCGCUCUCUCUACGGACUUGAGCGCACCUCCAUUGAUGAGCGUCACCGCCACCGUUACGAGGUCAACCCCGAGUACAUCGAGAAGCUGCAGGAUGCCGGCCUCCACUUCAUCGGAAAGGACGACCUUGGCGAGCGUAUGGAGAUUGUCGAACUCAAGGAGCACCCCUGGUUCGUUGGUGUCCAGUUCCACCCCGAGUACAUUUCUCGUGUGCUGGCACCCAGCAAGCCCUUCCUCGGCUUCGUUUCUGCCGCCGCCGGCUGCUUUGACCAGGUCAAGAACAUGUCCCAGCAGAAGGAGAUGGACUUGGCCAACGGCGUCGCCAACAUCAUUGUCUAA